AUGAAACAUCACCAACGUCCAAUACCAUCCUUCCAGAGGUCGAGUUCAUCAUCAUCAUCACGUAGUGUGUUUCCUUCUCCAUCCGAACAGAACACCAAACAUUGUAAAUACGGGAUCUAUGGAACAACCACAGAGAAUUUUGGUUUCCAUUUGCUUCAAGAAUUGCCACACGAAAUGAUGUAUUUGAUUUUCAAUUUUUUGAGCGUACGAGAAUGCUGUAAAAAUGUUUCAGCAGUGAAUCGAUGGUUUAAAUCAAUGAUUGACAAAUAUUUGAGCUCUGGCCAAGUGAGAGAAUUGAAUAUUUGUAGAGAGGUAUACCACCAUUCAUACAUGAGAGAAAAGGAAGGACUAAUCACGUCGGAAGAGUUAUUCAAUUUUUAUUUUAGGACCAAAGAAGAGAUGGAUCGAAUGAAACAUUUGCGAACAUGUUUUAUGAAAUUACUUUUUAAUGGAGUACACAGAUUGAUAUUUGAAAAGUUGAAAGACUUUCCCUUAGGAUUGCUGUACUGUGACAAGAUCGCUUUGAAGAACAAUCAAUGCAAAGGACGUAAGAAGAGCGCAAAGGGUCAUAAUUUAUCAAAGCAACAAUGUAUCUUCGAUGAGUGCAACUUGUUUUGGAACACUGUUAAAUUUCUCAACAUUGAUUCAUCUACAUUCUGUAAUUUUCCAAGGAUGGGUUCUAAUUUUGACGAUGACGAGAUGGAGCAAGUGACAGGGUUGCAGCUUCUUUGUAAAAUCGCUCCACUAUUGAAAAAUUUAGAGUCACUCUCUCUCAAGAAUUUACGCUUAAUUAAUGAUGAAGACUUUGUAUCCAUGCGACUCUUUCUUCUAACAGUUUUAAAAAACGGAGGCAAUUUGAAAACAUUAAUUUUAGAAAAUACUGGGCUCUUUGAUGGUUGGAACGGCAUGGAUGAAAUUUUUCAUCAUUUAGAACACUUGACGAUUCAUGAAAGAUGCCCUCCUCAGACUUCAUUUAUAUUGAAAUUAACUCAUUUAAAAUUUCUAGAAUUGUCCCAUGUGAAGGAUGUGAAUGUUGCAUCACUUUUUAAGAAUUUAACCAUGAUGGAACAUGUUUCCAUUCGUCAAUCUAUAUUGUGUGGAUUGGAUUGUGACAUUGAUAACUCUAAAACAAUUUGUGCUAAAUUGAAAACCUUGAACCUUCAACGAUGCAAUGUCUAUUCUGAACGUGACACGUUGGCGACAACAUCGCUGAGCUGCACAUUAUUUGAUCUCAUUAAUUUUCAACAUUUGGAAAAAUUUGUAUUCCUUCAAAUUUCUUACAUUGAUGAAAUGAAUGAUUUUAGAGAUUCACAAUCUCUAUUUGAUGGAAUGAUUGAAAAAUUGAAUCAUUUUCAUAUGCGUGUGUUGUGUUUGGAUGGAUUGAUGAAUAUCACAUGCUUGGAGAGGUUAAUUCCUUUCACCAAUCUGGAAACUUUACAUUUACAUGGAAUUCCACAGCAUAAUUCGUCACUAUUGAGAAUAUUGAGUCAUUUCCCAAAAUUACAGGACUUUUCUCUUGAUUGUCUCGACAUCUCGGGAAUGGAAUUGGAUCAAUUUUUAUUGCAUGAACUUUCGUCCUAUGAUUGCACACGAACAUUGCGAUCUUUGAAUAUUGAACGAUGGUCUAUCUACGAUCCUAUUCCACAGACAUGUCAAACACAUUAUUCAUUUCAGUUUGACUCCAUUCCAACUUUACCGAAACUUGAAUAUUUAAAACUUGUGGGAUUUUGUGUGGAAAACGAGAAUAUUCAUUUGAAGAGUAAUCAUGAACAGGGAGACUUGAAACAGAGAAUGCAUGUGAAGUGCCCAUUGUUGUCGACCUUCAUAGUUUCCUCCAUCCUCUCCAACGAUAGAUCUAAUUUCAAGUAUUUAAAACAACCUGUCUCUCCUCUAUUGGAGACUGAAAGUCUUCAGAACGUACGAAUAGCUUAUCCCCUUUUGCAUUUUGAUUUUUGGAACUCGCAACAAAUCAAAAAGGCACAUGUUCCACACAAGGAUGGUACAAAGGUUGACAAAAGUAAGAAGCAUCACCACCAUCCAACCUUUAGUAAGGGAGGAAAAAAGAAGUAUUGA